AUGCAAAAGUAUAUUUUGUGCGAUAAAAGUAACCAAUCCUAAUUAUCACUCAAUUUAUCAAAGAGCCAAUAAAAAUUAGUCUGCAAAUCAAUUCACGAUUAAAUUAAAGAAAGAACUUAAUCUAAAGAAACAACUCACAGAAGUACACAAAACAACUAAUUAUCUUAAAGAGUAAAAUAAUCAGGAUCUUUGAGUUCAGUUAUUGCUAAUUUCUUUGGUCCAUCUGAACAGAAGAAGAGAUGCAAUGAAGUAAGUGAAAAUAUCGAAAAGUCUAAAAUUUUGGUUAUCAAAGAACUCAAAAACUAAUUAGAUCAAAAAGAUGAAUAAAUCAAGAUAUUAACAUAACAAUUGCAAUCUAGUAAAUUCGGAUAGACUUACUGUGGAAAGUGCAAUAAUUUAAAAGAAAAAUUUCACAAACUAUAAUCAUCCAUUAUUUAACAAUAAAAUUUGUUUUUGUAAGAGUUUAAAACAAAUAUGGAAAAUGAUGAGAACUUUGAAAAUGAAGAUGUUAUAUAAAAGGAGAAUUUAAAUAAUCUAGAAUCUAAUACCUUUUAAUUUAAGUAAUCUAUGAAUACUUUGAAAUCCUUCAUGGAGAAACUUAGCCAUCAAUAUAUUGAGGUUGAUGACCGUUCUAAUACGUUGAUAAAUGCUAUGAAGAUAGAGAAAUAGGAAUUGCAAUAGAGAGUAGUUUAAUUGGAAUAAAAGGUUAGAGAAUUGCAAAGUAAUGAGUAAACAAUGCAAAAGAAAUUGGAGCAGUUGUAAAACCCUUAUUAAAAAUACAAGAAUCAAUUGUAAUAGAGUGCGUCAUUAACAAAACUCAAUCCAGAGAUUGAGUGUCAAGUGAAUGUUGAUAAGAUCCUGCAUGUGGGAUAACCGUACUUGAGAACAAGAUACAUUAGUUAAAAGGAGAAUAAAAAUAGUUAGAUGAGUUUGUUUUGA